GUCAGCUUCUCCUGUGCCAAGCCACGCGUGGAUUUUAAUAGCCAUGUUCCGACUCGCCAUGGAGGUCUCCUCUUGUGCGUCUUUGGGCCGAGACCACCGGCACCACUUUUUGCAGAGACCCGCCCGCUGGCAUGGAUUCCCUCACCAUCUUUUAUGGAGCUUUAGAUACGGACCGCCAGCCAGGAGGCUCGGACCUCCAACCAGCCUGGACUACUUGGAACUCUCCGACGGGCAACGGCCCGACUUGUCCCAUCUCAAAAGGUUGCACAACGUGGCUGACCUUUGGUGGGAAAGCCGGCGGACGCCGCCGCUCGCCCGCGUGAAAUCCAACCCUACGUUGACGGACAGGAGGACCAUCUCCCAGGCUUACUUGAAACGGCGGAAAAGGUACCUCCGAGCCAACAGCAAGCCAACGAUGGAGACGGAGGUCAUCGUGUGGGGCUCCAGCAGCCCCUUGGAAGCUCUGGAGACCAGCACCAUCCCUGGGAUUUACAAUGGCCCUGCCACCUCGGUUUUCGAACGGGUGACCAGCAGUAUGACUACGACGACCACGAUCUCCACCACGACUACGGCUUCUACCACCGUACAGUUCAAAGGACUCGGCCAAGGGUUCGGGGCACCGAAGAACCACCCCGUCAGCACGCUGCUGCCCCCUGCGACGUCCGGGGGUAGCCGGAAAAAAGCGGAAGCUCCUCCACCACCACCACCUAAAAUGUCCGGAGAUACUACAGG